AUGUUCUUUGGAUCCGUAAAAGGAGAGCAAUCUAUGAAAACACGUGAAAACCAUACAAACCACAUUUUGAUUUUAGGAGGAUUGUUUUCGCCUUAUGAAAACUCAGAUGUGUACAAUUCUACGUGGGAAUUUGGCGAGCCAUUGGAAAGCUGCAUAGAUUUUAACAUUGCUUUUUUUAUUGCCUCCGCAGUAGCAAAAUUUGCGGUAGAAGAAAUUAACAAUAACUCUUCUCUUACAACUAUGCUUAAGUAUCACGAAAUUCAAUAUUGUAAUACUGCAGUAUCAAGUAUCGAAGGAAUACUUAACCUCAUGAAUGAAACAAACUUGAAGGCAAUUGUUACAGGUGCUACAUCAGAGAGCUUUAUUCCAAUCUCUCAGAUCGCCUCGCUUCGUAACAUUCCGACGAUUGCUUCGUACGCCACGAGCGACUCGUUUUCCAGGGAGAAGCAUAUUUACCGAACUUCUUUUCGUAGUGUAUCAAGUGACCGGCACCAGUCUAGAGCAUUGGCCGAAUUGUCUUUUCAUUUCGAUUGGAAAUGGAUUGGAGCAGUUGCUAUUGACAAUGAAUAUGGUCGAAAUGGACUCCAUGAUAUUGUGAAAGAAGUAGAAAAUAGAGAAAUAUGCGUUGCGUUCCAGGUGUACAUACACCUAACCUAUUUCGAUAAGCAUGUUGAAAGUUUCCUAACCAUAUUGAACAACACAAGCAAUUUGGAAGUGGUGUAUUUCUACACAACACAUAGAAUGAACCUUCACAAGUUUUUUAAGCGGGCGGACGAGUUCGGAAUCAAACCUUGUGUGUGGAUCGCUUCGGAAGGUUGGUCCUAUUUAGCACCUCAAUUUUAUAAAUACAAUGUAGUUGCUUCUAUUAUAGGAAUUGACAUUGCAUAUCCUCGUCUACCUGGUCUGCUCAGGUAUAAGUCAUUAUGUGAUGUAUUUGAACGAAAUAAAUCCACUUUAUGCAGUAAAGAUUUACAGAAAUGGUUAUGCAAGGAAAAGCUACAGAAAAAAGACUGUGACUUUUGCACGUAUUUAAAUGUGACGAAUUCUGCUGGAGACAUAAAUAAAUUGUUCGAAUACUACACCAACUACGGUGCUUAUUCAACAUAUUUAGCUAUACAGGCGAUUGCAAGAGCAUUGCAAGAUAUUGAAGAUUGCACAGAGGAUUCUGCUAUACUGGACGAUGGCUGUCCAAAUGUUAGCGAGCUAUACCCGUGGCAGUUAAUGAUCUAUCUUCAGAAAGCAAAUUUUACAGACAAUAAUGGAACUUUUUAUCAAUUUACCAGCAAUCGUGACAUCAGGCCCUCUUACAAAUAUACUCAUGUAAAUGGAAGAAAAACUAAGGUUGUUCCUGUAGGUUCUUACUAUACGAAUAGCAGCGGCGCACCUGUAUUUAGUAUCAACGACACUGCUAUAAUGUGGAAUCGAAACGGAGGAAAGAAACCAGUGGGGCGCUGCAGUCCAGAUUGUAAACCUGGACAAAGAAGAAGAUACCGUGGUGUACAACUCUGUUGUUUUAUGUGCGUGUCGUGUCCAUUUAAUUCCGUGUCUACAGGAAACAAUUCGCAGAGAUGUUAUGAUUGCUCAAAUGAAACAUACUCAAACGAUGCGAAUACGCAAUGUUUGCCAAAGGUUCCGGAUAUCUUUGACUACAAUAGCAAGACUGCAGUAGCCUUAAGUGUACUCUGCAUCUUUGGUAGUACAGUAUCGGUGGCGUCAGGACUGAUGUUUUACUGGAAAAGAGACACACCAUUGGUAAUGGCUUCUAGUAAAACACAUAGCUACGCUAUAGCAGCUGCACUUGCUCUUGGUUUUCAGACCGUGUUUUUUUACAUUGGAUACCCCACUGACAUAAGUUGUAAACUGAAAUCUAUUGUUGCAGGGCUUCAUGUAACAUUUAUUAUCAGUGUUUUCUGUGCUAAACUUUACAUAAUUCGCAAAUUGUUCAAUGCGAAUGUAGUAACUUCAUCUAAAAAAUGGUUCUAUAAAUCAUGGUUCGCCGUUUGUAUUCUGACAUGCUUGCAUUUUAUUUACAACAUUAUCUAUGAGUCCCUAGACCCUAGUGAGGUUGUUAAAGAUUUUUCAUACAUUCGUAUAUUGCCAGUAUUUUGUAAAACCUCUGAUACCAAAUUCUUAACAAUUAUGACCGUUUGCUCCACUAUAGAGGUUAGGUUGCAGACACAACUUUUGAUGUGGCGCAAUGUUCCUUACGGAGCCCUUGAAAUUGUUUUGGGCAAUUUCCUGUAA